GAGCACCUGAUCACAGAAAAGGAAGAUGCUGCCAAUAACUAUGCCCAUGGACACUACACCAUUGGCAAAGAGAUCAUUGACCUUGUCCUGGACCGAAUUUAGAAACUGGCUGACCAGUGCACAGAUCUUCAGGGCUUCUUGGUUUUCCACAGCUUUGGUGGGGGAACUGGUUCCGGGUUCACCUCCCUGCUGAUGGAGUGUCUCUCUGUCGAUUAUGGCAAAAAGUCCAAGCUGGAGUUCUUCAUUUACCGCCCCCAGGUUUCCACAGCUGUAGUGGAGCCUGACGACUCCAUCCUCACCACCCACACCACCCUGGAGCACUCUGAUUGUGCCUUCAUGGUUGACAACGAAGCUAUCUAUGAUGUCUAUCGUAGAAACCUUGAUAUCGAGCACCCAACCUACACUCAUCUUAACUGCCUUAUCAGCCAGAUAUCAGCCUCCAUCAUGGCUUCCCUCAGGUUUGAUGGAGCCCUGAAUGUUGAUCUGACCGCAUUCUAGACCAACCUGGUGCCCUAUCCCUGCAUCCACUUCCCUCUGGCCACAUACACCUCUGUCAUCUCUGCUGAGAAAGCCCACCAUGAACAGCCUGUAGCAGAGAUCACUGAUGUGUGCUUUGAGCCUGCAAACCAGAUGAUGAAAUGUGACCCUCGCCAUAGUAAAUACAUGGCUUGCUGCCUGUUGUACUGUGGUGACAUGGUUCCCAAAGAUGUCAAUGCUGCAAUUGCCGCCAUCAAGACCAAGCGCAGCAUCCAGUUUGUGGACUGGUGCCCCACUGGCUUCAAAGUUCGCAUUAAUUACCAGCCUCCCACUGUGGUGCCUGGUGGAGACCUGGCCAAAGUACAGCAAGCUGUGUGCAUGCUGAGCAAUACGACAGCUAUUGCCGAGGCCUGGGCUCACCUGGACCACAAGUUUGACUUGAUGUAUGUCAAGUGUGCCUUUGUCCACUGGUACGUGGGUGAGGGCAGGGAGGAAGGAGAGUUUUCUGAAGUCCGUGAGGACAUGGUUACCAAGGAGAAGAAUUAUGAGGAGGCUGGUAUGGAUUCUGUUGAAGGAGAGGGUGAGGAAGAAGGAGAGGAAUACUAAAGUUAAAAUGUCACAACAGUGCUGCUUUUACAGGGGAGCUUAUUCUGUUUUAAACAUUGAAAAGUUGUGGUCUGAUCAGUUAAUUUGUAUGUAGCAGUGUAUAGUCAUAUAUAAUUACUGGCCUGUGCUUUAAAACAUGAUGCUUUGUUACAGACCCAACCAGUUCAUUUCUCUGAUGGGUUUGAAUAAAGUAUUUCCUGUCUUAAAUGAAAAAAAAAAGAAAAGAAAUAA